AUGCGGGAAUCGAAAUCGCAUCGAGGACUGUGUCGGGGGUUGCUAAAAACUGAAAUCGUACUGCUACUAUGCUUCAUCCUAAAUAUCUCCUUGGCAACUACUACUGUGGCGGCGAACGGAGACGAAGGCCAGAAAGAGAUCAGAGAGUUGUUGUUACCCACUAUAGCGCAGAGACACUUGCUUACUCGGCAGCAACAGCGUUCCUUCUACUCGAACGAGGUGGUCCGUUUGCUGAACAAGCGAAAGAACACCUCGGCUGCCCUUCAGUAUAUAGAAGAAACACACGACAAAUGGAAUCAUAAGAAGGAGUCGUGCCAUCGGGCUAAUCUGACGCCCUUCGGUAUUACCCUGCACCUUAAUAGGAAUCCGGCGGGCCAUGUCAUCAACUCCAAAUACCAAAUUUUUGAUCGUGCGGAGCGAGUUGCACGACAAACAGCGGAUUUCCUGGCCCGCCUCUUCCGAGAGAAGUCCACAUCCAAGCACCACAAAAGCCAAAACGGAAAUCAUGAAGCUUCACUGUAUUCCGCACUCACGAGUGCGAACCUGGCCGAUCCCAGUGAUGGGAAAAUGAUCGUUGGAUCAGGAAUCGUAAUCGAAGACAAAGGAGUCAACGUUUACGCCUACCAACAGAAACAGACGCGCAACAUACAGUUCAACUCGAAUUUCAGUUACGACUCGAAUGAGAGCGUUAACAAAUGCUGGUGGUACCGCGAACUGCAUUCCCGCUAUUCGGACGGGUUCACCAGGGUGAAGCAUGCCCAGGGCCUGUGGAGCUCCCCCUACUACGACUGUGAAUAUAGCGGACAUUGGCUCGUAACGUACGCUGCCCCCAUCAUGGUGUCUAGCGUUAGCAAUUCUUCGACGGCAGACACCCAACCUGGAAACGCGGGCACGAGGAGAGCUGAGAACGACAGCGUGCCGGAAGAAGAAAUGUCUCGAAAAAUGAUCGGAAUAUCCACAGUGAGCCUUAACCUAAACCACCUAGAUAUGGAUCAGUGUCCCGGAGACGAUCCCUUCUUCGCCAAUACUCAUCUAUGCGACACCGCUACCAGCAAGUGCGAGUUCAUUCCCGAGCAAGGCUUCCGGAGAGGGAGCUACCGUUGUCGAUGCAUGGAAGGAUAUUACCUCCCGUCGAAUAUCGAUGCCGAUCCCGGCAUCAAUGGACGCGCGCUCGAAAUGGACUUUGUUGAAAACAUGAACCUAAGCGAACCGGAGCGAGCAAGUGUGCCACAUCUCCGAUGUCUUCCAUGCCCACCGGGCUGCAUGACCUGUGAAGACGAGGCUCCCUGUUUCGUCGAGUACAACGAGACCCUUCGAGGGAGCCUAGUCAUCGCUCAGUUGAUAUUCUGUUGCGUGGUUCUCAUCAUGAUGGCGGCUAUCUACAAAUUUAGAAAAAACUCAUGUUUUGCGUCGAGUAUGUGGAUUCUCUUGGAAGCGAUUCUCCUUGGAGCAUUCCUCAUCUACCAGGGAAUUGUGAUCCGCUAUUUCGAGCCGUCUGCAUUAAGCUGCAUCUUCGAACCCUGGUUCCGAGAAAUCGGGUUCAGUACCUUAUACGGCGCGAUCGGCCUCAAGAUCUACAGAAUUGUUGCAGAAUUUCAAACGCGGAAGGCGCACAGGGUUUGCGUGCGGAGCAAAGACCUGUUGAGGUACCUUAUAGGUUUAGUUUCAACAGUAGCGUUAUAUAUGAUGGCAUGGACAGCGAUGGUGGCAGACUCCUCAGGCGGGACGGUGGAAGACAUACUCUUCAACUCUACCAAUUCGCAAGGCCUUCGCUUCUUGAGCUGCCGACCGUUGGUUUGGGACUAUGUCACCGAGGGUGCAGAGAUCCUGUUCCUUGUUCUAUCUCUCAGAUUAGCGUUUCGAUUGCGUAACGCAUACGGGUUUCCCGAGGCCACGGCUCUCACGAGAUCGAUAGUGGUGGAAUUGAUAUUCUCGACCACAUUAUACGUGCUGAAGCAUAUUCUCGGAGACUCCGUACAACCAGACUACGCAUUCGUUGCCUAUUUCAUCAGGUGUCACUUGACUGUCACUCUGGUGCUCAUGUUAAUAUUUCUGCCAAAAUUGUGCUCCCGUUCUGCGGCGCAAGGCCGAGGUGGAAACAUCAGAGGCGGACGUGCGGCGCAAAACCAGUCCGGAACGGCUGUGUCGAACGAAUCUGGAAUCGACCCGGCUCAGAGAUUACAUCAGGCGAUUGUCGGCAAUGGCGAAUUAGACAUCGCCGAGAUAUCGCUUGCAGAUAUGGAUCUGGAGGAUAUCCGGGCUGAACUCCGCCGCGCCUACACACAGCUUGAGAUCAUGCGAAACAAGUCGAUGCGGAAGGAAAAUCCGCACAUCAGCAAGAGGAGAGGAGGGCGAAAGGCAACACACAGAAGGUUCUCUCUGCAGCCUUUCCACCACAAACACAAGCAUCAACAACACUCAGCUGGCUCGACUGGAGCCUGUGAUCACAAAAACAACCAUCCAAAUCUGCCGGAGACCACCGAGGUGUCAAAGACCCCCGAGGAGUCAACGGCUUCAAUGGAAGGAAACUUCGGCGGUGACGGUCCUUCGGUUACGUCCCUGUCGGCUGAGCACAGGGGUCAGGGACCGUCACAUCGUCAUCACCAUUGA